UAUUUGAAACCUUUCUCUCUCAAUUUUAGCCUAAAGAGAAAAAAAGAGUGAUCAAGUAGUAGUAGUAGUAGUGAGAGUUUUGGAGUGAAAAAAGAAUCCAUGGGAAGACCUCCUUGUUGUGAAAAAGUUGGCAUCAAGAAAGGUCCAUGGACACCUGAAGAAGAUAUCAUCCUUGUUUCUUACAUCCAAGAACAUGGUCCAGGAAAUUGGAGAACAGUUCCUACUAAUACAGGGUUGUCAAGGUGCAGCAAAAGUUGCAGGCUUAGAUGGACAAAUUAUCUGAGGCCAGGAAUCAAGAGAGGAAACUUCACUCCUCAUGAAGAAGGAAUGAUUAUUCAUUUGCAAGCUCUUCUUGGUAACAAAUGGGCAGCCAUAGCUUCAUACCUUCCACAAAGAACAGAUAAUGAUAUAAAGAAUUAUUGGAACACACAUCUAAAGAAAAAGCUCAACAAAUUUCAUGCAGCUUUAGAUCCAUCAAACUCAACAACAGCUUAUCUAUCCAAGAGUUUUAGUGACAGAAGUUUAGAUGUUAGCAACAAUCAUACUUCAUCUCUUAAGAUUAAUACUCAAAAUUCUCAUCAAUCUUCUUCUUCAACCUAUGCUUCAAGCACUGAGAAUAUUUCAAGGCUCUUGGAAGGUUGGAUGAGAUCUUCACCAAAUUCACAAAUCAAAGGAAAUUAUCAAUAUGGUCAUCAAGAGUUUCAAAGCAUUAAUGAUGAUAUUAUUGAUGAUAAUAAUAAUGACUUUGAAAAUAAUGGGAAAUUAUUAGUGAAGUCUGCUUCAGUUCCAGCUGAUUUAAACCUUGAAAUCCAUCAUCAUCAUCAUCAUCACAAAAUUACCAGCAAAGGUGAAUUAUUACAAGAUGGUGGAGUUUCACAUGAUCAAGAGUUUGAUUCUAUUCUUUCAUUUGAGAAUCUUAACAAUGGUGCUGCUUGGGACAAGUCAACUUGUGAUUCUAUGCCUGAAAAGUGUUCAGCUUCUUCUUCUUCUUCUCAUCACAAGAAUAUUAAGAAUUUAUGUGCAGCUCCUCCUCCUUUGUCAUUUCUUGAGAAAUGGUUAUUGGAUGAAAAUGUUGGUCAUGUUGAGGAAAUGAUGGAAUUAUCUCCAAUGUUCUAACUUGGAAGGAAAAAAAAAAUCACCAAAUAAACCCUUAAGUUUGGGAUGUCAUGGAAAUUAUUAUUCAAAUGAUAUGUGUUAUCAUGAUAAAUUCAGAGGAAACAAGAUAAAAUAUUCUCUGAUUAUAAGACUAGGGUUUAAUUUUUAUAUUACAUGGGUUGAGGAAUCUUAGAAGUUAGGAUCUCUUUCAACUUGUAACUUGAAUUGUUUAAUUAAAUGUUUUUAAUUAUUUUAAUUACUAUAAGCUUAAUUAGUGCA